AUGCAAGCUAUGUCGAUAACUAUCAUUAUAUUCUUACUAACUUUCUUAUACAUUCCUAACAAUGCAACUGAUAGAACUGCCGAUUCUAUAAUUUAUGAUAACCGUGUACACACUUUUCUGAGAAAAUUAACUCGACAAAAUGAAAAUAGAUCGAAUGCAACUAUUCAAAGUUGUUCCUUCUUUGAUUAUGAUUUUUCAUUUUUAAAUCAAAAUAAUGGUACUGAUUAUGUUGGUACUGAUGUUGGGGCUAUUACGAAUAUGUAUAAAAUGAAUAUAUGUGGGCCAGUCAAUGAUAAUUGA